AUGUGCCUGCAAGACCAGCUGUCGCCAUCUGAGACCCAAUCGCACUUCAACCCACCCUACGGAAGUCACCGCGGAGGAGUUUAUUUACGCUUAAGUAUAAUUGGCCCCGAUUAUAAGCAUUCCAUAGACAACGAAGCACUCUGGGCCCAAAUCUGGGCUCCUGAGUUCAUGCCAGAAGCGUUCCUUGCCCUUCUGGAAUCGCGAUUCCAAGAAGCUCGUAUCACUGGGCAACUGUUCCGUUAUCAUAAGCUGUUGUCCGCGAUACCCCGCGACAUGCUUAUCAACUUCAGGGAUAUUUACAUGAAUAUCCCUGCGCACAACCCGUACGACGUGCUCAAAGAAGCACUCCUUCGUCGUAUGGUAGUUUUCGAAGAGAAACGCAUCUAG